UGUUUCUCUGCCAUUCAGUUCAGUGAGACAUCUGCACACAUCACACAUCUAUUUUCUCAAGUGCAUAUCGGACUCAUUUCAACCAGGUCCACUGUGAUAUUCUAAUUCCUGUUUGUAAACACCUCCUAGAUCUGAAGAUUCUCGUUGCCAUCACCAGUAAUAAGGAAGGCUACAAUGUUGACCUCUGCCAAAAUUCUGUUGAUUUCAACCCUAUUGAGCUCAUUAAUGAUUGGAAGUUAUGGGAAAGGAGAUCUAGAAGUAAACACAAUACAAACCACUGCAAAUGAUUUGAAGACAACAGAAAAAAAAUUUCCUUUGGAAAGUAAACUAAAAUUAAAGUUAGAUAAAGAAAAAGGAGAAACGUUUAAUCCAAAUGUAAGUAAUACCUCUUUUGUAGGUUCAACAGAUACAAUGUAUGGAAUAACAGAUACUUUAGGUAAUCUGUCAACAGAAUUUUCUGCAAAUUUGAAAUCCACAUCCACGUUGUCUACAAGCUCUCCCUCACUCGGCAACUUUGUUUCUAAAUUCCCUUUGAACUCAUCUGUGGCAGAAGAAACUAGUAUUCCAGACUCAGAACUUUCUAGUGCUACAUCUAUUAUAUCUUCAGAUAAUUUCACUUCUUCCUUUGAAAAUGAAACCAUGACAAUUCCUGAAAACAGUUCUUCAGUUGGCACCUUCUCUUCAGUAUCAACCACAAUGUCUGUGACCCCCAUGUUAACAGAAUCAGAUAUAUGGCUUGCCACAACCACUGAGAGUAUGGUGGGUUUUAUCCCCUAUCAAGAAACAGAAACACUACAACCCACCUCAAAAUUCACCAAUAAUUCAAAGAUCUUUCCAAACGGAUCAGACCCCCAGGAAGACAAUAGAAAUACAGGAGUAGUAUUUGGGGCCAUCUUAGGCGCUAUCCUGGGUGCUUCCUUGCUCAGUCUUGUUGGCUACCUGUUGUGUGGUAAAAGGAAAACAGAUUCAUUUUCCCAUCGACGGCUUUAUGAUGACAGAAAUGAACCAGUUCUUCGAUUAGACAAUGCACUGGAACCUUACGAUGUGAGUUUUGGCAAUUCUAGUUAUUACAACCCAAAUAUGAAUGAUUCAUCCACGCCAGCAGGUCAAGAAAAUACACGAGAUGGAAUCCCUAUGGAUGACAUUCCUCCACUUCGUACCUCAGUAUGAAACUGAAUGGAAAAAGAACGGAAGAUGAAAGUUUUCUACAUACUGACUUUUUUACAAACUCCUCUACUAAAAGCUGAUGCAAGGACACGACCAUAUGAGUCAGACCAAGGAAAAACAUAAGCCUUCAGAUUAAUAGCAAAAUCACAGUGAGAAAAUAAAUCAUCCAAAAUUUUGCCUUUUUAAAAAAAUUAUUGGCUAUGCUAAACAAUCUAAGUAAUCAUGAUUUAUUUGUGCUUUAUAUUUCUCUAAGUAGGAAAUAUUU